UCGCCGCUCUGGUUGCGCUCUGCCCUCGCUGUGACCGGCAGACAUGGCUGCCUACAGGGUCCUCAUGCCGCUGUUCGGCCGGUUCAUGUGCCGGCUCUCGGGGCAGCCAGUCCGGCCGAGGUGUGCGGGCAUUUCCCGGGCUCAGCCGCUGGGAGAGGAGGAGGGACGGAGCCGGGAGAUAGGAAGAGACUUGUGUGAUUUAUUAAAGGAAUUUCCUGAGCCUAAAGGUUUGCUGAAUAAUGUGAUUAGUAGGGCACUGGGAUCCACAGAAAUUAAAGACAAACUGGUUUAUACCCACAGCAGCAACGCCAACAAAUAUAGAGUAACGCUGCAUGUGAAAUGGCCAAAGCAUAUUGAGGUUCAGGGUUACGGACUAAAGAAGAUUGACGCAGAACGCCAGGCAGCGGCUUUAGCUUGCAAGAUGUUCCAGGACAUGGGCUUGCUGGGCCCUGGAAACGAGCUGUUCAGACAGAAGAAAUACAGAGUGUUAGCCACCCAUUUUCACUCUGAUGGUGAAGGUACAUCCGGUGACAUUUAUAUGUCAGGCCAGGACCCCGGUGCAGAGAACCAGGGAAAGAGCGAGGAGGUUAUGGAGGGGGUAACACAUCGUCUGCCUCGUACACGACAUGAUGGUAGGAAGUCCAACAAGGACCUCAGGUAUUCUAUCCUUGAUGCUGAAGACGAUGCUAACGCUGUGAAGGCUUUGGCCCAGUUCCCUCAUCCCAAAAAUCUUCUUACCAGACUGAUCCAGAUCGCAACCUCCAGUCCAACAUCCCGGGAGUUCAUAAAGUACCAACACGAAGGAGGCCGGGUCAAGACGUGUAAGCUGACCUUGAACUGGCCGGAACCGUUAACCUUCGUGGCCAGAGCUCUGCGCCGGUCAGAAGCCGAGAAUAAAGCAGCCGCGUUGGCGUGCCAGAAGCUUAAGGUUCUCGGACUCCUGGACAGUAACAAUCAGCCUCUGUCGCAUGCACGCUACAACAUGGAGUAUAUACAGCAGCUACGAGAGCAGCAGCGGCAGCCAAAGAGGUUCCAAGUACCAGAGCGAGUCUUGCAAAACAUAGAGGAUUAUCUGUAUCAGUAUCCCGUAGUUACUAUGGAGUCUUCAUACACAGAAGAAGCGGAAAUCCCUCUACAGAUAGAUUCUACGGAUGACAUGGAUCCAGCCCAUGACUUUUGUGACCCCAUCACAGGACGGGAGUACAUCCCCAUGUCAGAGCAGGAGACGUCACGUAUUAGCCACACCCUGGAGCAGCUAUGGAGACAGAGAGAGGAGCAGGGGCCGGCCUUACAAUACCUCCCUGCUGACGCACAAGUAGAAACUAUUGUGUCUGCCAUUGAAAAGCACCCGGUGGUGGUGAUUGCUGGUGAUACCGGAUGUGGUAAAACCACCCGUAUUCCUCAGUACUUGCUGGAAGACACAAUUCUUAGGGGGCAGGGGUCCCACUGUAACAUGAUAAUAACACAGCCACGCCGGAUCAGUGCUGUAUCCGUGGCUCAUCGUGUAAGUCAUGAGCUGGGGCCUGGACUGAGAAGAAAUGUGGGCUACCAAGUGAGACUGGAGAGCAUGUUGCCCCCUCGUGGCGGUGCACUCUUAUUCUGUACUGUUGGAAUUCUUUUAAAAAAGCUGCAGAGUAAUCCCACACUGGUAGGAGUGAGCCACGUUCUGGUAGAUGAAGUCCACGAGAGGGAUGUCAAUACCGAUUUCCUUCUCAUUUUGUUGAAGAGGGCACAGAAACUCAAUCCCCAGCUGAAAGUGGUACUGAUGAGCGCCACGGGGGACAAUGAAAGAAUUUCCACCUAUUUUAGUGGUUGUCCUAUAGUCCGUGUGCCAGGCUUCAUGUACCCAGUGAGGGAGCAUUACCUGGAGGAUGUCAUGGUCAUGCUGGGGAAUUCGUCCUACCAGCCCCCUGAGGUUGAGGAGACUGAGGAAUGUGCUCCAGACUUGGAUUUAAUAAGUAGAAUGAUACUUCAUAUCGAUGAACACAAACUGCCGGGUGGGAUCCUCUGCUUUCUCCCAGGGUGGCAGGAAAUCCGUGGGGUGCAGCAGAGACUGAUGGAGAGUCCGAAGUAUCAAAAGGAUCGGCAUCUUAUUUUACCAGUUCAUUCCAAUAUUCCAAUGAUGGACCAGCAGAACAUAUUCCAGCGCCCCCCGGUGGGAGUCAGAAAGAUUGUCCUGGCGACAAACAUCGCUGAGACAUCUGUAACCAUCGAUGACAUUGUGCACGUGGUGGACAGCGGGAUGCAGAAGGAGCAGCGCUAUGAUCUCAAGACAAAGGUUUCCUGCCUGGAGACCACCUGGGUGUCCAUGUCGAAUGUGACCCAGAGACGAGGAAGAGCCGGUCGCUGUCAGCCAGGUUUUUCUUACCACCUCUUUACCCGCGCACAGCACCAGGCCAUGCCUCCUUUCCAGGAGCCAGAGAUCCUGCGCACGCCGUUGGAGAAUCUGGUGCUUCAAGCCAAGUUGCAUGUGCCAGAAAUGACGGCAGAGGAAUUCUUGUCACAAGCUUUGGAGAGUCCCGACCGAAUGGCGAUUCGAGAUGCCGUCCGUCGACUUCAGGAGAUCAGAGUGAUAGACAAUCAGGAGCAGCUGACAUUGCUGGGGAAUCGAGUUGCCAAUAUAUCUACUGAUCCAAUGCUGGCCAAGGCCAUUGUCCUGGCUUCCAUCUUCCGUUGCCUGCACCCCAUGCUGUUGGUGGCUGCCUGUCUGACCAGAGAGCCCUUCCAGGGCGGGCUGCAGAACCGAUCUGAGGUUAACAAGGCCAAGGCCGCUCUCAGUGGGGACAGCUGCAGUGACCACUUGGCCUAUAUCCGAGCGGUGCAGGGCUGGGAAGAUGAGCGCACACACAGCAGCACCAGGUCCCGCGAACAUUUCCUGGAGACCAACAUGUUGUCCAGACAGGCUCUGCGCUAUAUCCAAGGUCUCGUAAAGCAAUUCUCCUCCAAUAUUUACGAGGCUCGUCUGGUGCCAGAACAAAGCAGCUGCAUUCGGCGUUCGUCCCAGUACAAUCAGUUCAGCAGUGAGGAUGAGCUUGUAAAGAGUGUCUUACUGGCUGGGCUGUACCCCAACUUUAUCCAGGUCAGACGCGGUCACGUUGCUAAGGGAAAGUUUAAGCCGAACAGUCUCCUCUACAAGACAAAAGGUGGCUCAGUGCAGCUCCACAAGACCACAAUUAACAGAGGUACACAGAACCUGCACAGUCCUUGGCUCACAUACUUCCUUGCUAUGAAGUCAAACGGUGUUGUGUUUGUACGUGACAGCUCGAUGGUUCACCCGCUGGCGGUCCUGUUACUGGCGGACAGUGCAGUCAGUGUUACGGACGAUGGGCAGAACAUGGUGGUUGCCCUCUCUGACUCAGACCUUCUGAAACUGGAAAGUGAUUCUCGCACAAUAAGGCUGCUCGGAGAUUUGCGUCGAGCUCUUUCCCAGAUGGUGGAGAAAAGCCUGUGCCAGGAAUUGCCUUCUUUGCAGCCACAUGUUGAAAAGCAAUACACAGAGCUUCUGUCUGUGCUGGUGGAUCUACUAAACAGCACAGCCCACAGCUUCAGUGAAAGACCACACACUGCGGCUUAGGAGUGAAGAGUACAGGACCUGCCCAGUUCAGGAUUCCUUGGGAACUACUCCCCCUUCUGCUUUGGAACACAAUAUGAAUAACCUCUGCUGCUCUAGAAUGCCACAUGCGUCUUCUAGUUAUCCUGGUGUCGGUCCGUGCUAUAACCAUUACACGUCUGCCCUAGGCAGAAACUGGCAUCAUUUACAAUGCUCAUCCUAUACGACAUGUCCAGGACAGACUGAUCCUUCUGCUUACUUAACACCAACGAAAAUAUUCCCAGUUGAUCCUAAUAGCGGACAAUUUAUUACAAAUGAAAGAAGCAGAAAUGACAAUUGUUUUGGAUCAUAACAUGUUGCACUUAAUGUUUAUUUCUAAACUAUUGUAACAAGCAUUUAGAUUACUCCAGCAAUGUAAUCUGAAACAUUUGGUUUAUAUAUAAAUUGCUGUAGUUAUAAAUUAAUUACUGUGACAAAUC